UCUUUCCAACGGCCGGGAAUGUCUCUCUUCUGGAUAACAUUGCAACCCCCAACAAUCCCACCACUCUAUUUCCGGGUCCGCAACACCGAGUAAUUCAAGACUAAAGAUGACAGCCGAUGCCACGAUGCCGCUCGAAAAGGCGCGCCACAUCAAGUACUGGCAGCGUUGCCACAAGACCUUCCUCCCGCACCAGUACACUUCCAACGACAGCUCGCGCAUCGCCCUAAGCUUCUUCAUUAUCGCCGCUCUCGACAUCCUCUCUCCGCCUGAGCCCUCCAAAGAGAACCCUCAUCUCCUCACGGCCGCCGAUCGAGUCGCCGCGCGGAACUUCGUUUUAAGCCUCUACAACACUGGCGGUGGCUUCUGUGGCUCGCCAACCCACGCCCUACCUACCGAGCUAUAUGCAGACUGGGACAUUGAGGAGGGCACGGCCCGGACGAGAAACUCGAGUUCGGCAAACCUGGCGUCGACGUAUUUUGCGCUCUUGAGCUUGGCCAUCAUCGCAGACGGGCAUGAGGCGGCAACGAGUGCCUUUGCGGGCGUGGACAGGGUUAUGACGUUGCGGUGGCUCAAGCGUUUACAGCGUCCGGAUGGGAGCUUCGGAGAGCUCGUCCUGGACGACGGGAGCAUAGAAGGCGGCAAUGACAUGCGGCUGUGCUGCCUGGCUGCCACCAUACGGUGGGCACUGCGGGGCGAUACCAAGAAGGGAGACGACGACUGGGUCGAGGACAUCGACGUUGAUGCGCUGGUCAGGUACAUCCGCCAGGGCCAAACCUACGACGGCGGGCUCGCGCAGAGCUCCCACCAGAACGAAUCCCACGCCGGCUACGCGUGGUGCGCGGUAAGCGCCCUCGUCCUUCUCGAUCGGCCCCCCACCCAAGGUGCUAUUCCUGCUAUUCCUCACCGCAGCGAGAUCCUCCACCAGGGCAUUCCAGACGUGUCGUUGCUGGUCAAGUUUCUCGCCUACCGCCAGUUUGAAUAUCUCGAACGAGAGGACGACUCGGAUGACACCGCCACCGACAACUUUUUAUUGCCCUACUCGCUGAACGAUCUCUCGCUGGACCCCAACCUGCGUCUUGUGGGUUUCAACGGGAGAUGUAACAAGGUGGCGGAUACCUGCUAUUGUUGGUGGGUUGGAGGGACUUUGCAGAUGCUGGGUCACGUCGACCUCAUCGACACCGAGCCGUCACGCCGUUUUAUCAUGGACAAGACACAACACCUCAUCGGCGGCUUCUCCAAGUACCCUGGCGCCCCGCCCGACAUUUAUCACGGCUUUCUAGGCCUAGCCGCGCUUGCCGUCAUGGGUGAUUCGGCCCUCAAGCCGUUUGAUGCAUCCGUGUGCGCGACACAGGAAACUGUCGACAAGAUUGUGGCCGCGAGGGAGGGGCUCAGGGACGCAACCAAAGCGGGGCGGCGUUAAUCAGGACUGUAUUGUAUAUCCCUACUCAGGAUAUAUUGGGUGAAAUAGGCAUCCAACAAAUGUUGCAGAAAGCGGUAAAGGUGGCCAGCAGUGACUGGGUAUAUCUUUUCCCCUCUCAUUUGUGAAAGCAUCAGCGCCUACUAUUUAGUACAAGGUAUCCUCUAAGUAUGGUACACGACGCCGAAGAUGAAACAUAGAAAAUAACACUAUGAGAGCUUGUGUCUCGGCUCG